AUGGCAGAGAUCAGAAUGUGGGCGUUUUGGAGGGCCGUCCUGGCAGAGCUCCUGGGAAUGACCAUCUUUGUCUUCAUAGGUCUGUCAGCUGUGAUCGGAGGCAAAAAUAACACUUACCCAGACCAGGAGGUAAAAGUAGCAUUAGCAUUCGGCCUCGCUGUCGCCACAUUAGCACAGUGUUUAGGUCACAUCAGUGGUGCGCACCUGAAUCCUGCUAUCACCCUGGGCCUGCUGGUGAACUGCCAGAUGAGUGUCCUCAGAGCAGUUUUCUACACAGCGGCUCAGAUGUUGGGGGCAGUGGCUGGCAGUGCCAUUGUGUACAGUAUCAGGCCGAAAAACAUUGAUUCACUUGGUGUAAACAAGGUAAGACUGAACCCGUGUGUGUGUCCAAUUCUUCUGGGAAAUGUUCUCCUUAAUGAAGCACUUGUCCUGCUCAGAUUGAGUGACAUCUGGGAAAUUGGCUGACGAGUUGUUGUGUAAAAAAAAACUGACAUUAACAAUCCCCAAUUUGUGCUCUGAAUGCAGAGACAUAUUGCUACAGCUUCUAAUCAGCUAAAUUUAACUUGAGCUCAUGAAUGAUCACUCCUGGACCCCUCUCAUUGGGGUGUGUUUAUAGGACGAAUAGGUGUGAAUUUUCUGCAUGAUGAAACAUGGUCUGAAUGUUUCUCCAAGCAGCAUAUUCAGCUUCAUUUCUCGACUAUUUCACUGUUUUUUAAUGAUGCAGUCAUGCUACUUUUCACUUAACCUUCCUCCUGUUAGCUUUUACUACGCACCCACUAUGUUAAAGGUCGAUUUUGUCCCGUGUCUUAAAUCAGCUGUAAAUUACACUAAAAACAAUUCUCUAUUAUCCAAUUUUGUUCUCAUCUCAAGGUUAUCUUGUUAGGCUUCAUUAUCCAUGAGAAUAUUGCUUAUAAUAUUUUUGUAGUAAGCCUCUGGGCCUUUCUUUGUCAGUAUAUUCCUCACACAGACAUCUAUACUGAAUUGAUCUCACAUGUCUGGACAUGCCUGAUGUUGUUUUCAGUGCAGGGAAAAAACAGGCAAAAUGAGAAUUUCCUAAACUAAUUAUUAGAUAUUAAUCUAACCAGGUCAACAGCAACCCUAAUCCGACAAGUGCCAUAAUUUUAAGAGCAUUUUCUAAUUUAGUCAAUUUAUUUUUUUUAUUUUUAAUUUGUUGAAUUAGAGGUUCCUGACAAAGUCAAAAAGUCUUGAUGUGAAAAACCUAACUGAUGUGGUUCUUUUAAGCAUUUAAAAACAAAAAUGGGUCGGUGCAGACCCUAACACAGGAGGAGGGUUUUAAAGCCGGAUCUGUUUGUCAAAGUUCGUUUAAAGUUGAUUUUUUGUUUUACAGUAUUUUCUUUGCGAAAGUGGAAGUAAAAUGAUCCCUCUCUCAUCAUGAUCUGUUGAUCUGCAGAGACAAUACCAGAGAACAGAGGUAAUCAAAGGGUUUUUUUUCUGCCUUAUUGCAGCUCAAUGGAAUCACCCCGGGUCAAGGAUUUGGCGUCGAAUUCCUGCUAACUCUCCAGCUCGUCCUCUGUGUACUUGCUGUAACCGACAAAAGACGUGAUGUCAAUGGAUUUGCACCCCUGGCCAUCGGACUCUCCGUAGGGCUGGGGCACCUUGCCGGAGUGAGAAUACAUCAAAAACAUUUCCUCCCACGUUAAUUUGGAAAAAGGUUUCUCCAUCGGGCUGGGGCCAGAUACAAUGGAUUGGCAUAGGAUGAACUGGUUGUAAAUCAGACCUGCAUGCAAUUUGCUGAUGCACAGCCAAAAGAAUUAAGCGGUGUUUUCCCCCUAAUAUGCUUCACAGAUCAGCUACACAGGAUGUGGAAUCAACCCUGCUCGAUCAUUUGGGCCUGCGGUCAUCCAGGACUCCUUUGACAAUCACUGGGUACUGAUUUUGACUUUUAUUUUGCAGCAUUUGAACCACAAAGUCAUCCCUGUUCACAUUCCCUGUUCUUUUAUCAGGUAUACUGGGUGGGACCAAUGAGCGGUGGAGUUGUGGCGGCUCUUCUGUAUGAUUUUCUGCUGGCACCCAGAGAUGAGCCUAUCAAAGAACGAACAAGAGUCCUGUUCUGCUGUAGCUCCAUGCCAGAUGAUGAAAUCUGUGAGCCACUUCUGGAGGAGGUUUAA